AUGCUACUAUAUGGAGAUUUCAAUUUCAGCCAUACAUCUUAUGAGUUUAUCGAAGUUAACGGUGGCAUUGUAACAGUUGCCCACGUAAGAGAUGAGCGUCAAGGCGAUAUUAGGUUUCAGAAAUACCUUGAUGAAUGUCACCUAACUCAGCUUGUCACAUUCCCAACGUAUCGUAGUAGUCGACACGUUGAGCCCACUAGCACAGCUAAUCUGAUCAUAACACACGAGCCAGACCGUGCCAUCUUCAUCGAACAAAGUGAUUCUCUCGAGCCCGAAGGUCCAUUGCCAGCUUUUGAGAAACGUACUGAAGCAAUUUGUGUUGUCGACUCAGCAAGUUUUUCUAUCGAUAUAGUACAAAAGUGCCUCUACCACAUUGAUGAAAGAAAAUCAACCGGCUACGAUGGUUUACAUCCACGGGUCCUUAGUAAAUGUGCAACUAGCUUCGCCAAACCACUUUCACUUAUCUAUAAGUGCUUGUUCGCGACUGGUGUAGUUCCCGACUUGUGGAGAAAAUCGAAUGUAACACCAAUUUUCAAGAAGAAGAGUAAAAUAAAUGCACCAAACUACCGGCCUAUCUCGCUCACAUCCUUUUCAUGCAAAAUAAUAGAAAGUAUUCUUAAAACAAGUAUAAUGGAACACUGUGUUGCUAAUGACUUAAUUACUCCAAAGCAACAUGGCUUUGUUUAUUGCAAGGGUUGCGUCUCUAACCUGCUAGAAACUCGGGAUAUCAUGACAGAAGCCAUUAAUCGCAGCCAUGCAGUAGACGUCAUAUACACAGACUUUAACAAAGUGUCGCACAAACGCCUUCUUCAUAAACUAAGAGCCUACGGUAUUCAAGACCUGGAUCUCAGCUUGGUUACACGACCAAAGUCAACGAAUGGUCAUCAACAGCGUUACACCUGA